AAAGACACCACUUCCCGUCCCUCCUCCGUACCCGAGCCCUCACUAUCUUCGAAGCCCUAAUACCUAAAGGUGUCGUCGCCGAAAGAAGCGGCGUCUCUUGCUUUUCCCGAUCAAGUUAUGGCGGAGGAAGAUGUUAUCGCUUUUCCUGUGCAGCCUUCAGACCACAAGCGCAAGCUCGAGAAUGUCGAAUCCGAGAUCCUCGAGCAACAACAACAUCCCGGCUCGAUUGAUCAGUCUAACGAAGCUUCUGUAGACGGUGACAAAGAAGCAUCUGAGUAUUCUCAGGCGAAGCGACCGAAGCUCGACGCCGAGGCUGACGAUGGGCUAGAGAGUAAAGAAGAGAGACCUGAGGAAUCCAAGGAAGAGGGAUCUGAAAAUAAGAUUUGUGAUAAUGGUAAGCCUGAGGAUAACCAACCAGCUUCCGUUGAGGCUGCAGCUUCCCACGAAGUUUCUGUUGAACUAAAUAACGAGGUGAACACUACUAGUCCUUCUCAGAAGGAAGCUGACGAAAGUAGUAAGGAAACGAAUGAUGCUCUUGCUCAGAAAGAAGUUGAAAACCAAAGCAAAGUAGUGGAUGAUGAUGGCUCUCAGAAAGAAGAUGACAACGAAAAUAAGGAAGCAAGUGCUGGUGACGAGAGUAAGGAAGAGGUUGGCGACGGAAGUAAAGAAGUAAAUGGGGGCAGUUCUGUUAAGGAGGUUGACGACACCCAGUCCACAUCUCGCAAAAUAGAAGUCCCGAGUUCAAAGGUUGGCACGCUUAUUGGUAAAGGUGGGGAGAUGGUACGGAAUCUCCAGCUUAGUUCUGGUGCCAAAAUCCAAAUCCGGAGGGAUUCAGAGGCUGAUCCAAAUGCAACUUUAAGACCAGUGGAGUUAAUUGGGAAUCUUGCUUCUAUUGAGAAAGCAGAGAAGCUUAUCAAUGAAGUUAUUGCUCAGUCUGAUGCAGGAGGUGUACCUGCCCUUUUUGUAAGAGGGGCCCCAGAGCAAAUCGAGAUCAAAGUUCCAAAUGAUAAGGUUGGUGUCAUCAUUGGCCGAGGCGGGGAGACUAUCAAGAACAUGCAGAUAAAGUCGAGAGCACGGAUUCAGUUAAUACCACUUGAAGAAGGUGAUGGCUCUAAGGAAAGGACUGUUCGUAUUUCUGGGGAUAAAAGGCAAAUUGAUAUAGCUACGGCGUUGAUAAAGGAUUGCAUGUAUCAGGAUACAAGGCCACCACACUAUUCUGGUGGUUAUAAUUCGCCUGCUUACCAACCACGAGGACCAGGUGGUCCGCCUCAAUGGGGUGGUUCACGUGGGCCUCAUGGGCCCCAUUCAAUGCCAUACAAUUAUCACCAUGGUGGACCAUACCCGUCUCAUGGUUCACAUUACAGACCUCCCAAUUCCGGCGGUUAUCCUCCACAGCAUAUGCCUCCGAGGAGUGGAUAUGGUCCUGGUUGGGAACAAAGGCCUCCACAUUCUGGUCCUUAUGAUUAUUAUAGUAGGCAAGGACCUCAAAACCCAGGUCCUGGAGCUGCUCCGUACUCUCAGGCAGGUGGUCAGCAGAAUUAUGGGCAGAUGUAUGAUCAGCCAAACUAUGAUAAUCCUCCUAUGCAGCAACCUUAUGGUGGAUAUGGAGGCUCCCAACAGGGCUAUCCACCUGCAGGUGGUCAACACCAAAUGCAGCAGCCAAGUAGACCUUAUGGGAUGCAAGGACCAGCCGAGCAAGGAUAUGGGCCUCCAAGGCCAGCAGCACCUUCUGUUGAUGUGCCUUACCAAGGUCCACCUCAAGCAGCACCAUCGUAUGGUACAAGCAUGGCUCCACCACAACAGCAAUAUGGUUAUGCAUCAAGUACUCCUGGCCAGCAAACUUAUCCUUCAUACAGCUCUGCAGCACCAUCCGAUGGUUAUAAUGGUACACAAGCAGCAGCAGUUACCCCAGCUUAUGAACAGCAUGGUGUUCCGCCAGCUUCUGGUGUGCAGCAAACUUCAGCUGGAUAUGGGCAAGCACCUCCAACCGGUGGUUAUAGCUCAUAUCCGUCUACACAGCCGGCUUAUGGUAAUGCCCCGGCUCAGAGCAAUGGAAACUAUGGCUACGGCUCCCAGUAUCCUAGCUAUGGAGGUGGAAACGCAUCAGGAUAUGCCGCACCUGUUGGCCAAACCGCUUAUUCCCAGACUGCACCGGCCCAAGCGGGCUAUGAUCAGUCUGCAACUCAACCAGCAGGCUAUGCAGCUGCUCCAGGAACAGCACAGUGAAGUUGUUCUUCCUUCAUAUCAAUCAGUAUGAUGCAGACUAGGCUUAUGAUGUGACUCUCUAGAAGAUCACAUGUAUCCUCAGAUUAUUUAGACUUGUAUCCCUAAACUGCACGUCCUGAAUUAGACAGCCCCAGUGUUUUCUUAAAUCUUUUGUAUGUCGUCUUAUUUAUCGUUUGAUCUAAAGGCGCAUAUGACUCUGUUCCACCUUACAUUAUCUGAGUAAACCCUAAGUCGCUGUUACUCUUGUACUGCUGCUAUUUCUUAAGGUGUUCCUAAAAUAUAAGCUUUGAUCUUCUUUAUUA